AUGCAGCCCGCAAUGAUGAUGUUUUCCAGUAAAUACUGGGCCAGGAGAGGGUUGUCCCUGGAUUCAGCAGUGCCUGAAGAGCAUCAGCUAGUUGGCAGCUUAACAGUGAGUACUUUCUUGAAGCUAAAUAAAGCUAUUGCUGCCAAGAAUGAGGACAAGAGGGGAAGCAAAGGGAGCGGCAGAAAUGACACCGCGGAGAGCGGCAAGACGGCAGUUGUGUUCUCCUUGAAGAAUGAGGUCGGAGGGCUGGUGAAGGCGCUGAGACUCUUCCAGGAAAAACAUGUCAACAUGGUUCACAUUGAAUCCAGGAGAUCCCGGCGAAGAAGCUCUGAAGUUGAAAUCUUCGUGGACUGCGAAUGUGGCAAAACCGAGUUCAACGAGCUCAUCCAGCUACUGAAAUUUCAGACCACCAUUGUGACCCUGGAUCCGCCUGAGAGCAUUUGGACCGAGGAAGAAGAACUGGCGGAUGUGCUGUGGUUUCCGCGGAAGAUCUCGGAGUUAGACAGGUGCUCGCGCAGAGUUCUCAUGUACGGAACCGAGCUUGAUGCGGACCACCCAGGAUUUAAGGACAACGUCUAUCGACAGAGGAGGAAGUAUUUUGUGGAUGUGGCCAUGGGUUAUAAAUAUGGCCAGCCCAUUCCUAGAGUGGAGUAUACAGAAGAAGAAACUAAAACUUGGGGCAUUGUGUUCCGGGAGCUCUCCAAACUCUACCCCACCCAUGCUUGCCGAGAGUACCUGAAGAACUUCCCCCUGCUGACCAAGUACUGUGGCUAUCGUGAAGACAACGUGCCUCAACUGGAGGAUGUCUCUAUGUUCCUGAAAGAGCGGUCUGGCUUCACAGUGAGACCGGUGGCUGGCUACUUGAGCCCGAGAGACUUCCUGGCUGGCCUGGCCUAUAGAGUAUUCCAUUGUACUCAGUAUGUGCGGCAUGGCUCAGACCCCCUCUACACCCCAGAACCAGAUACAUGCCAUGAACUCUUGGGACAUGUUCCACUCCUCGCAGAUCCGAAAUUUGCUCAGUUUUCACAAGAAAUAGGCUUAGCGUCCCUGGGAGCAUCCGAUGAGGACGUGCAGAAGCUAGCCACGUGUUAUUUCUUCACAAUCGAGUUUGGUCUUUGCAAGCAAGAAGGUCAACUGCGGGCAUAUGGAGCAGGGCUACUUUCCUCCAUCGGAGAAUUGAAGCAUGCGCUUUCUGACAAGGCGUGCAUAAAAGCCUUUGACCCAAAGACAACCUGCUUGCAGGAAUGCCUGAUUACCACCUUCCAGGAGGCCUAUUUUGUUUCAGAAAGUUUUGAAGAAGCCAAAGAAAAGAUGAGGGACUUCGCAAAGUCAAUUGCCCGUCCCUUCUCAGUAUACUUCAACCCCUACACGCAGAGCAUUGAAAUUCUGAAAGACACCAGAAGUAUAGAAAAUGUGGUACAGGAUCUACGCAGUGAUUUGAACACGGUGUGCGAUGCCCUGAAUAAAAUGAACCAGUAUCUGGGGAUUUGAUGCCCAGAACCAGCAUUGUUGUCAGCAUGAGCUUUUGGGGGCUUAGCCACAACUCAAUCGAUGUUAUCCGACAUCAAUAACUUUCUGUGUCAUGGUUAAC